UCCUAUAUCUUAGUUGAGAAUCCUUGAGUUCCAUGGCCUUCCCGUGGAACGCCGACGCCGACGGGUCCAAAACCGGAGUCAAUAACUUGGGGGAUUUGUUAAGUUUAGGGCUCAACACAGGGGAAAUGGCUGUUGCAAUCAACAAGGUUUUCUCAUGCAACUUCUGCAUGAGAAAGUUUUAUAGUUCUCAAGCGUUGGGUGGUCACCAGAACGCACACAAGAGAGAACGAGGGGCUGCCAAAAGGUUCGGGUCUAACAGAAUCGGACCGCCUUUGAUGGCGAUUCGGUCGCUCCGUGUCCGACCUCAUUCUCUGGUUCACAAGGGUGUAAGAUCAGAAGGGUCAUCAGUGAUGGCAAGGUUUAGUGAUUCCAGGCCUAUGUUUGGGGUUGCUGGGACACCGUUCUUGAUUGAAGAUUCGAUGGAUGUGAUUUGGCCUGGAAGCUUUCGGCUCGAGAAAUUGCCGAUGCAAGGACCUGAACCUGCCACUGAUUCGCACAAGGUUGAUUUAAACAUGAGGUUGUAGGCGUUUUAAUUGUCA